UCCGCCUUGGGGACAAAAGCCUGGUGGUGUUGAGGUGCCCUAGGAGCUGGCGUUUGGCUGCUGGGCACCAUGCCAGCAAAAGUCCGGCAUCCUGCGGGGCCUAGGAGGGCAUGACAGGCAGGUGUGGGGACCCCGGAAUAGCUAGGGACCCAGCCGAGCAUCUCCAGGCUCGGUGAGAUCCGAGCAUCCCUUGAGCGCGCGCGGGGCCGGGGUCAGGGGGCGCGCGGGAGAGGGAGGAGCCGCUCUGGGCAGGCUUUCGCAGAGCCGGGAAAGUGAAAGGGCGGCCGCUCCAGGAAGUCGACAGCAGGAAGCGCGCGACGCGGGCUGCGGAGCGCAGGUCCCUCCCGGCCCCAGGCCGCCAGUGACAGCUGUGGCAAGACGCCUGCCGGAGACCCAGCGCUUUGUCUGAAGCCCCGCGUUGGGGACGUGGGCGUGCCUGUAGCCUUCUCCACCGGGCCAAGCGGCUAUACGACCUGGGAGGAGCCCAGGGCUCGCAAAGCCCUUGGGAAAGCUCUCAGCCAGCACCCUGGGCUCUCGGGUUGUUUGUUUGCUAAAGAACUGCUUCCCGGAGCCGGAGCUCUGUGGCCAACGCAGUGACAGCCACCGUCUGGCUGUAAUAAAGGGUUUAAAGCACCGGGAAAGUCCCCCACUUCCAGCUGCGCGCACUACUCUUCCAGCGUGACUACCCACGGAUCUUGGUGACCCGCAGAGCUCAGCCCCCUGAUGGAAGGAAGAGGGGACAGGACCCAGUAGGACCCAUUCGAGGUUGCCUCCCAGGCUGUGUGAACUGCAGGGCAGUCAGAACAACUUUAACCGGUUUCUGAAGUGUCUGAUUUCGGGACCAGAGCGCCGAGGUCAGGGGGCGUCGUAAAUGGCUCCACUCCCUGUGGGCAUCCGAUUCAUCGUCUCCUUCUCCAGGGAUCAGUGGUAUCGGGCUUUCAUUUUUAUGCUGACCUUCCUGCUCUAUGCAAGCUUCCACUUAUCCCGAAAGCCUAUCAGCAUCGUGAAGGGUGAACUCCAUAAGCAGUGUACUGCAGGGGAGGAGCCUGAGUCUAGAUUCAGCGGCCCGAGCAGCAGUACCAGGCAUGGCCCCACCCACUGGCUCCUGAACAAUGAGACCGACUGUGGCUGGGCUCCCUUCGAUAAGAACAACUACCAGCAGCUGCUUGGAGCCCUGGAUUACGCCUUCCUGUGUGCCUAUGCCAUCGGGAUGUACCUAAGUGGCAUAAUAGGGGAACGCCUGCCGAUUAGGUAUUACCUGACUUUCGGGAUGCUGGCCAGCGGCGCCUUCACAGCCCUGUUCGGCUUGGGCUAUUUCUACAACAUCCACAGCCUGGGAUUCUACGUGGUGACCCAGAUCAUUAACGGACUGGUGCAGACCACAGGCUGGCCCAGCGUUGUCACCUGCCUCAGCAACUGGUUCGGAAAAGGAAGGCGUGGCCUGAUCAUGGGGAUUUGGAACUCCCACACUUCCGUGGGCAACAUUUUGGGGUCCCUGAUCGCCGGCUACUGGGUGUCUACGUGCUGGGGCCUGUCAUUUGUCGUGCCCGGGGCCAUCGUUGCAGCCAUGGGAAUAGUGUGCUUUCUCUUUCUCAUCGAACACCCGAAGGACAUCAAGUGCUCCUCCACCCUCCCCACGCAUCCCAGAGCCUCCGAGAACGGCAUAAACAGAUUUAGACUGCAGAAGCAAGCCACACACAGUGAGAAGAAUGGACCUCUGGACCCGGAGCUCCAAUGCUUACUGCUCUCCGAUGGGAAGAGCCCCCUCCACCCCAGCCACGUUGUCGUCCUCCCUGGCGAUGGGAGCAUGGCCGCCAUCAGCUUCACGGGAGCCCUGAGGAUCCCGGGCGUGAUCGAGUUCUCUCUGUGCCUGCUGUUUGCCAAGCUGGUCAGCUACACGUUCCUCUUCUGGCUCCCACUGUACAUCACCAGUGUAGAUCACCUGGACGCCAAGAAAGCCGGGGAGCUGUCCACACUGUUCGACGUGGGCGGGAUCUUUGGUGGGAUUCUAGCCGGCGUGAUCUCCGACCGUCUGGAGAAGCGAGCCUCUACCUGUGGUCUGAUGCUACUGCUGGCGGCACCCACGCUCUAUGUCUUCUCCUCCGUCAGCAAAAUGGGCCUAGAAGCCACCAUAGCCAUGUUGCUUCUCAGUGGGGCCCUGGUCAGCGGGCCCUACGCACUGAUCACCACCGCUGUCUCUGCAGACCUGGGCACUCACAAGAGUCUGAAAGGGAACUCCCACGCCCUGUCCACCGUGACAGCCAUCAUCGACGGCACUGGGUCUGUAGGAGCUGCCUUGGGGCCCCUGCUGGCGGGCCUCAUCUCCCCUUCAGGAUGGAGCAACGUGUUCUACAUGCUGAUGUUUGCAGACGCCUGUGCCUUACUGUUCCUGAUCCGCCUCAUACACAAAGAACUCAGCUGUCCAGGGCCAGCCGCAGGGAUCCAGGCUCCGCUGAAGGAACACUGACCACGGAUUCCUCUGGAGAGCCUGGGCCCAUCUCACACACACUGUCUUUGGAAAAGAUGAAAUGAAGGAUCCUGUCCCAGAAGGGAAGGCGAGCCUUCCCACGUGAACCUGGGAGCAACUCGGAAGCUACCUUGCCAUAUAAACAGCGAGGAGCUCAGGCUGACAGCGGGGAGUCUGUCUGGCUGUGUCCCACUGCCUUAAUGGGCCAAGACUCAGUGGCCCGGCCAGCUCCAGCCUGGCAGAUGCUCACUGCCCUCCAGCUCUGAACUCUGGCCUGCAGUGACAGGUAGGACCGGCCUGCAGCACCCAGGCAGCCCACCCCUCUCAGGGAUCCAGUGCAGAAUGUUAUAUAGCCUGUGCGCCCCAGCCAUCCCGCCCUGCUGUUUCCUGAAUGUUUGGGGACAUGUCAUGGAUGUCUCAGCAACCGACCAACAGCCUCUGAAUAACAUUCAAAAGCCUGAACACAGUCAGAGACUGAGAUGGAGUCCCCACCCGGCC